CUACAAAGACACAAAUGCACAAUAAAUGCAUAAAAUAUUAUUUAAUUUUAUAUUUUAUGAAUCCAGACCCUUUCUUAGUCUUGAUGUUGAUCCCACUAUGGCUACUGUUGUUUAUAAGACUUACUAACUGCUUUGUACAUAAAGUAUGUGAUACAGUAGGGUCAAUUCUCAUCUAAAAAAGAUUGUCCAACAACAACGUCGUCGACAAGUUGUCCUGAAUUCAACAUAUUAUUUAUGUUUGUUGCACUACAGUUAACGUCUUACAUUCAUUUCAAAACCUCUUUUUUUUAAUUAGGUUUUUUUUUUUUUUUUUUUUUUUUUGCGAAUUCUGCACAUUUCUCCGAUUUCCUCAACAUACCAUCCUAUUUCCUUUCAUGUGCCCCCACUCUACGCCACUCGGCGGUGCUCACAGACUUACUUUCCUUUUCUGGAAAAUCAAAUGGUCUAAUGCACACGCCUUUACGAAUAGCAGAGAAGGUUGUCAAUACACUGGCAAAAACCUCCAUUUACUUUUUACAUGAAGAGGCGAAAUCCUUCGCUGAUGUGUUUUCGUUCUUCCUGUCGGACCGCAUUUCAGCACCACGGAACUGUCCAGCAUCCAGGCACGACUGUAGCGGUUCACUGUUGACGCUGAUGCUGCUGCUGCCGGUGCUGAUUUUGAUGAUGAUGAUAAUGAUAAGGUACAAGCUUAUAUGGUGACUUAAAUGUGAUUUAAGCACAAAAUCAAACUUCAUGAGCGCGUUCAUGGCCAGCGUUCAUGUUUCAGCAAAUGCUACUUUGAUAUGGAUGCAGGUGAAAAAUGGCUCUUACCUCGGGUUACAUCAGAUCUUAGUGAUCAUUAAUUGGUGUGUGUCUAUGCGUGUGUGUGUUUGUGUGAUUGCCAUUGACGAAAUAGCAUUCUUCUCUGGCUUCACGUAUAGACAUUUGCUGUGACUAAGAGCACAAAGGACCGUAUUCUCUUUAUUUCUCCAUUUAUAGACCCUCUCCUCAUGGUGGAUUGUACCACUCGGCGUUUGCACAAGCAGAGGGGGAGGGAAAAACGCUGGCCUCGGUACAAGCACAGUUCGUAACGACCCCUUUCGUUAAAACCUCCCCACUGUUCUAGAGGAGAUCGGACCGGCCCUGUCCGUUUAAACCCAGAAGACACCCAUGCCGACUCCUCAAUGCAAAAAAUAAAAGGGUGCCAAGAAGCUGGGACGAGGGAACGUGGGUGUAAAUAGACAGUGAAUGCUCUUGGUCUCUCUCUCUCUCUCUCUCCCUCUAUCUUUUUUCUCUCCCUCCCCCUUUCCAUCGCUCUCGUACGCUCUCUCUCCCUCGUUCACGCUCACACUCUCUCUUUCUCUCUCUCCCCCUCUCUCUCUUAUGAAAUCAAUGAACGAGUUAUUGGGUAGGACAUAAAUAUAAGGAAUCAAAGCCUCCACCGGGACCAACGGCAUUGCGCGCUUUUGAUAUGCGUCCUCGCCAAACGCUACAUGUGUUUUCACAUCCAUGUAAAUAUUGGCUUUGAUCGGACGAGAGCGGAAUUAGCUCUGGCACGACUUGGUCUCGGAACCAAAUUUUGACCAAGUCUUGCACCAGCGUGUGUUUUUUUUAUUUAUUUAUAUUUAUUUGUUUAUUUUUCAUCGCAUAAAAAAAAUCUCCACCAUUGCGUCCUGCUACUGUUGUACCCAUCACAACUUACUGGCCGGUCUGAUGAUGGCAACUUUAACCAACGGGCAGGUGGACGGCACGGUGCACGGUGUCGGUGUGGUCUCCGCCAGCACAAACGGGCUCGUGAACGGAUUAAGCCACAGCCACAGCCCGGCGGGCUGUCCGGGCACCAUCCCCAUGAAGGACCACGAUGCCAUCAAACUCUUCAUCGGUCAGAUCCCCCGCAACCUGGACGAGAAGGACCUACGGCCCCUCUUCGAAGAGUUCGGAAAAAUCUACGAGCUCACUGUGCUCAAGGACCGAUUCACGGGCAUGCACAAAGGCUGUGCCUUCCUCACCUACUGUGCCAGAGAGUCAGCCCUGAAAGCCCAGAACGCGUUGCAUGAGCAGAAGACCCUGCCAGGGAUGAACAGACCAAUCCAGGUUAAGCCAGCAGACAGUGAGAGCCGAGGAGAAGACAGAAAGCUGUUUGUGGGCAUGCUCAACAAACAACAGUCAGAAGACGAUGUGCGACGACUGUUUGAGUCCUUCGGCAACAUUGAGGAAUGCACAAUCCUCAGAGGACCCGACGGUAACAGCAAAGGUUGUGCAUUUGUAAAAUAUUCCUCUCAUGCUGAAGCUCAGGCAGCCAUCAGUGCACUACACGGCAGCCAGACAAUGCCUGGCGCCUCCUCCAGUCUCGUGGUAAAGUUCGCUGACACGGAUAAGGAGCGUACUAUUCGCCGCAUGCAGCAGAUGGCUGGUCAGAUGGGCAUUUUCAACCCCAUGGCCCUGCAGUUUGGAGCCUACGGAGCCUAUGCUCAGGUGCAGCAGCAGGCAGCGUUAAUGGCAUCUGUUGGCCAGGGAGGCUACCUUAGUCCAAUGGCAGCCUUUGCUGCUGCCCAGAUGCAGCACAUGGCAACCAUCAAUGGUCUCCCAGGAGCACCACUGACCCCUACAUCGGGUGGUAGUACUCCCCCAGGCAUCAGCGCCCCAACAGUGACCAGCAUUCCCUCCCCCAUUAGUGUAAAUGGUUUUACUGGCAUGCCACCGCCCCAGGCAAAUGGGCAGCCCCCUGCAGAAGCUGUCUUUACCAACGGGAUACACCAUUACCCUGUAUUGCAGGAGGUGGUUUUUAGGGAGGACUCUGAGAAAAACAGCUUGGGCGUGGCUCCGCGAAGUUGUUUUGGGGUUCAGGGUGGCUGCUUCCUCUCUUCUCUCUCUGAAGCUCAAAGUCCCACUGCAGCUGAUCCUCUCCAGCAGGCUUACACCGGAGUCCAGCAGUAUGCAGCCUACCCAGCUGCAUAUGGCCAGAUCAGCCAAGCCUUCCCCCACCCUCCACCCAUCAUUCCACAGCAGCAAAGAGAAGGACCAGAAGGUUGCAACCUGUUCAUCUACCACCUCCCUCAGGAGUUUGGGGAUGGAGAGCUGAUGCAGAUGUUCCUGCCUUUCGGUAAUGUCAUCUCCUCCAAAGUGUUUGUGGAUCGGGCGACAAACCAAAGUAAAUGCUUUGGGUUUGUGAGCUUUGACAACCCAGGCAGUGCUCAAGCUGCCAUCCAGUCAAUGAACGGCUUCCAGAUCGGCAUGAAACGGCUCAAAGUGCAGCUGAAGAGGCCAAAAGACGCCAACCGCCCGUACUAACCUCUGCCCCAGCCAGCCACCGCAUCCUGGUGGCCGGGGCAGCGAUUGCACACAGGGAAAGACAGGUUUUGUUGGGCUGAAUCAUAUGUUGUCUACUUGCUACGAUGCAGAUCCAGCAUCAGGACCACUGAGGCUGCUUCAGAAACAAAUGGGAGAGAGAGAGAGAGAGAGAGAGCAAUGACCAAGUCAAGGACACCUCCUUUUUGGAUGUACGAAAACUUUGGAACUGAGAGAAUUUGUACCAGCCUGGUUUACCCCAGGACCUUUUUCGUCUGCACACAUAUACACACCUCUCUCCCCUUCAAAAUCCUGCUUGAAUGACAUCUACCUUUUAUGGACCACAGAAAACUUUUACUUGAACAAUAGGGGAAAAAGAAGUAAAAGAAACAAUAUCAACUCUACUUUCAGCGACCAAUCCCACUGAACACUUAACGGGAACAUGGAUGUCAGAAGUCCAACAAGAACAAAACAAACAAAAAAAAAAACAACAAAAAAAAAACUUUUUAAAAACUGAAUAGAGGAUUGCCGUAGGAGAUCUUUCUGUAAGAUGGUUUGAGUUUGUGGGCAGUUGACUUUUGAAGACCAAUUUGUAUGGCUUGAAAUGAGAGGGGACGAAAUUCCCUGUCACAGAACUUCAGUAGGGGAUACGAUGUUUUCAGGACAAAAAAAAAAAAAAAA